AUGACCAUACCUGUAUAUAUUUUAUUCUUACUGUGCAUAUCUAUUAGACGAGGUGUAGUGUCUGGUGAUGGUCGCGAUGAACUACCGCCGAGCUUCGCUCAGGCUCUUGCCGCUCAGUCGCUCAGCGCGCAGCCGCUCAGUGCGCAGCCGCUCAGCGCGCAGGCGCUCAGUGCACCACCGCACUCGCCGGCUGCCGCCGCACGAGCAUUGCAGCCCUUCACAAAUCAUUCACACGGUUCGAUGUCCGGCAGCUACACGAACCUUUUCGAAGUGAGCGAGAACGCGCGGCACGCCUACAUGAACUGCUCGCUCGAUCUCGACCCCGUGCCCCUUCAAGACGUGUGCGUGAGCGGCGCGGGGCCGGGCGGCGCGGGGCCGGGCGGCGCGGCCGUGGCGGCCGGCGGCGCGCUCAGCGCGUCGCGCCUGCGCCUGCUGCACGACACCACCAUGAUCGACGCGGCGCUCGACCUGGACGAGCCCGACCCGCCACCGCACCUGCCGCCGCAGCCGCACGUGCCGCCCCAGCCGCACCAGCCGCACCAGCCGCACGUGCCACCGGCGUCGCAUCGCGCGCCGCACGUCGCGUUGGCGCUGUGACCCUUUGCCUCGCGAACACUUCGCAUUGUAAAUAAACUUUUUUUAGGCCCCAAUAAACCAAUAACGACAA